UGCCCUAGAAAUAUCACGUUCAGCAACGUGAUAAUGACAAAAUAAACCACCAGGCAGUAGACGAUCUGCAAAAGACGAGCGUCACGAGGAUUGGAAAAUUGCAACGGUCUUUUAUUCGUAAAAUAUUCCACAGUGAACGUAUAUAGACAUAAGACAGCGAACGAAAUUGGCGGUAAUUGUUUGAUCGAUAGUUCGUUGUACCAGUACGAGGCAAUGAGGACAGACGGAGCUUCGAGUUUAAAGACGAGUGAAGACGUUUUUCGAUGAGAAAAAGGAUUUCUUCCGUUAUCCUUUGAAUAAGAACUGUUGUUAAAGAUGCCUCCGAAAAAGAAGAAAGAGGCUGUGCCGGAGUUGGAACGUAUUGAACCAGAGCCGGAAAUCACAGAGACGACCGAGCCGGAGACUUCGAAACAGGUGUCCUUGCUCACCGGCGAACCUUACGGACCUCGAAUCCGUCUUAUCAGCGAGAAAGCCGAGGAGGAGAGCUCGGACGACGAGCCAGAGUCCGAGAGCGAGGAAGAAGCCAGAUAUCUUCAAGAAGAUCACCCAGAAGUGCCUUCCGAAUUCUGGCACAUACAAAAGCUCAUCAAGUACAUGAAGGCCGGUAACCAAACUGCCACCAUAGUAUCCUUGUGUUUAUUGAAGGAUUAUGAUCUCACCGACAAGAUCAUACAGAAGGCUAUUCAAGAAAUGGGCGGUCUCGAAGUUCUGGUGAAUCUUCUUGAAACGAAGGACAUCAAGUGUCAGAACGGCUCGUUAUCGGUCCUCUUGCAAAUCGCUACUUCUACGGAGAUGAAGCGAUAUUUAAUCGACUUGGACAUCACGACGCCAUUGAUCCAAAUGUUAAAGCAUCCCGCUAGAGAUAUCCAGGUUUUGGCAGCCGAAACAAUGGCCAUUAUAGCUCGAGUCAGGAAGGCCAGGAAACAAAUCAGAAUUCGCGGUGGAAUACCACUCAUACUAGACGUAAUGGACGUGCCCGACGAAGUUCUUCGUCGGUCGUACGACGAAUUAAGCGAGGUCAGUAAAGAGCUCGUGGCCGUCGCCAUAGGCUGCGCCAAGGUCUUAGAUUCUUUGGGCAGCAGUCCAAAGGUCAAGGAGGAACUUCGCACACACGGUGUCGUUCGUUUGAUGUCCCGUUUUCUGAGAUCGAAACACACUCAGCUGAUAGUACCCACGAUGGGCACCGUGCAGCAGUGCGCUGAUCUGAAUGUUUUUAGAGAGGCGUUUGAACAAGUGGGUAUCAUCGACGACUUGGUGCGACACUUGAAGAACGACAACGUAAAGUUAAAGGAGAACUCUGCCUUGGCCAUCUUCAAAUGCGCUUCGAACCAAAAAACUCGAACGAUGGUGCGUCGUGCCGGAGGUCUGGACCCACUUUGCAAACUUGUGCAGAGCGACGAUGUGCACGCCAACAAGCGUCUGCUGGCCGCAGUCACCGGCAGCGUCUGGAAGUGCGCCAUCAGCCCGGAGAACAUAACAAGAUUCAAUCAGAAUGGUUUGGUAGCGUCGUUGGUGCCUCUGCUCGAGGAAAACGAGGAUGAACGGGUGUUGGCCAACGUCGUGGGUGCCCUCGCCGAGUGCUGCAAGGAUCCUGUUAACAGGGACGUCUUGAGAGCUAACGAGGGUUUACCGAAACUGAUUAGACUAUUGAGCGCCACGUACGAGCCAUUACUAGAGAACGUGCCGUUGGUGUUGAAAGAGUGUGCCGUCGAUGAGAGAUGCAUGGACAUUAUCAACGACUCGGAGCAUCGACUGGACGGCGUGCGAUUAGUCUGGUCCCUGCUGAAGCAUCCCAGCGACGUGAUCAAGCGUAAUGCCUGUCUCGCUCUAGUACCCUGCAUCCGGCACUCCAAAGACUCGCCGGAAAUGGUGCGCGCCUUCGUGGGCGGCUUGGAGCUCACGGUCAGUCUCCUAGAGAGCAAGGACACGGAAGUACUCAGCGCGGUCUGCGCUAUGAUCGCGGAGAUCGCCACCGAUCCUGAGAAUCUGGGCAUCCUGACGGAUCACGGCGUCGUGAAGAAGUUGGCCGCUCUCGUGGAAACUGACGACGAGAAUUUGCGCGCUAAUCUGACGUUAGCGAUAGCAUAUUGCUGUGAUUGGGAUCGGAACAGUUACGAAUUCGGCAAAUUAAACGCUGUCGCGCCGCUCGUUAAUUACAUGACCAGCAAGAACAAGGACGUGUUGAAGGGUGUUUGCAUUGCUGUGUACCAUUUAAGCAAGGAGCCCUUAAAUUGCGUGACCAUGCAUACCUGCGGCGUUAUCAAGCAUGUAUUACGCUUGGUGGGCUCGGACGAUCCAGAGGUGCAGAUCGCAGCUGCGUCUACUAUUCGUCACAUAAGGAAGCUGGCGCUGACAGCAGAGAAAUUCCACUUCAACGAAAUGACCUCGUUACAGGAAAUCGAUUUUCCUUUAUGAUUAACAUCAGUAAUCGGCAAAAAAGAGAAAUAGAGGAGAAGAAAAGGAAGUGUGUAAAAUAAAAACAUAUUUAUUGCGGUGCGUGUAUAAUGGCUUAUAAUUUUUGUCAAUAUCUCUAAAUUUACAAUUUUGUUUAAAACCCGUAAAUAUCCUCCUCUCAGCACCAACUGGUAACACUAUCCAUAUGUGAAUUAAGAACUAUAAGUGUGACGGAAAAGACACAGAAAAAUUGUACUUGAAAUUUCGUAAGAUUCACAAAUGGAACAUUGACUUGGUUGGAUACGUGAUUAUUAAAUUGUACAAGAAGGUGGCUUAUAAUUUGAGCAAUAUACAUAUAUGCAUACUU